CCGGCAGAGAGACCAAGGGACAAGAGGAGGAACAGGGUGUGAAGACGGGCCUCUUAGGGCUCGGAGGGAAGCAUCCAAAGCCAGCUGGUCUGGCUUUGAGGUAAAUUAAUGGGCAGAGUCAAACAAAGGCAGCAGAAAGAAGAGGAAGAGUUGCAGACAGAACGAAAAGAAGAGAUCAAGAAAGUCAAUACGUGCAGGAGGAGAAGGCUGGAGCAGCAGGUUCUGUGAAGGUGCAACAACAACAAACAGAUUGUGGUGAGGUCUGUCGAAGAGCAAAAAGAGUGUCUCGAGAAGAGUGAAAGAGCGUAUACAAGAAGAGAGACUGUUGCACAAUGUGCUAGGAGAGCAGAGGAAGAGAGUUUGUUGUUUUUCUGAUAUUGUUGAGGUGUCAGAGAGACCAGAAAGGACACAGCCAUGGGGCGGAAGAAGAUACAGAUCACCAGGAUCAUGGAUGAGAGGAACAGGCAGGUUACCUUCACAAAGAGGAAGUUUGGCUUGAUGAAAAAGGCCUAUGAGCUGAGUGUACUAUGUGACUGUGAGAUAGCCCUCAUCAUUUUCAACAGCUCUAACAAACUGUUCCAGUACGCCAGCACAGACAUGGACAAAGUGUUGCUGAAAUACACAGAGUACAAUGAGCCCCAUGAGAGCAGAACCAACUCUGACAUUGUGGAGGCGCUAAACAAGAAAGAACACAGAGGUUGUGAUAGCCCGGACCCUGAUGCCUCAUAUGUCCUCACUCCUCACACAGAAGAAAAGUAUAAAAAAAUUAAUGAGGAGUUUGAUAAUAUGAUGAGAAAUCAUAAAAUCCCCACAGCAUUGCCUCAGCAGAACUUCUCCAUGCAUGUGGCAGUGCCUGUAUCCAAUCCUAAUGCCAUGUACCAGCCAGGAGGGACUCUGGGCAGCCAGUCCCUGGCAACAGCCACAGGCUCUCUGAAUGAUAGUGGGAUGCUGUCCCCUCCACAGGCCUCUCUGCACAGGAAUGUGGGCUCCAGUGGAGGCCCCCAGAGGCCCACCAGUGCAGGAAGUGCAGGUGGCAUGCUGGAUACCACAGACCUUUCAGUGCCAAGUGGUGCGGGCUCCAGCCCAGCGGGGAAUGGUUUCGUUAACCCUAGGGGCUCUCCGGGCCUCCUCAGCACACCCAGCGGCAACGGCCUGGGUAAAGUCAUGCCCACCAAGUCUCCACCGCCUCCUGGAGGGACCAUGGGAAUGGGAAGCCGCAAGCCAGACCUAAGGGUUGUUAUCCCUCCAUCAAGCAAAGGGAUGAUGCCCCCACUGUCGGAGGAGGAGGAAAUGGAUUUGCAGAACACCCAGAGGAUAAGCAUCUCCCAGUCCACCCAGCCUCUGGCCACUCCAGUAGUGUCUGUUACCACCCCCAGCUUACCCCCACAGGGCCUGGUCUACUCAGGCAUGCCCACCUCCUACAACCCCACCGAGUACUCCCUGAGCAGUGCAGAGAUCUCUUCCCUACAGAGCUUCAGCUCUCCUGGGCUCUCACUGGGAUCCAUGUCGGCAUGGCAACAGCAUCAACUGGGCCAGGCAGCGCUUAAUUCUUUGGUUGGUGGAGGUCACCUACCUCAGGGUUCUAACCUAUCCAUCAGCACCAGCCAGAGCAUAAACAUCAAGUCUGAGCCCAUUUCACCGCCACGGGAGCGCGUCACCCCGUCCGGCUUCCCCCCUCAGCAGCCGCAGCAAGGGUCCAGCCGACAGGAAGUUCUGGGACGCUCACCUGCCGACAGCCUCAGCUCCUCCUGUAGCUCAUAUGACGGCAGUGAUCGCGAAGACCACCGGCCAGACUUCCACUCCCCGUUGGGGCUGGGCAGACCCCCUGCUGGCACCGAGGACAGGGAGAGCCCCUCAGUCAAGCGCUUGCGCAUGGACACAUGGGUGACAUAAAGAGUCCUGAUCAAGCCUCCUGUCACCAGCCAGUCAGAGAGAGGGAGGGGUUAGACAUGGAGAUAUAAGAAAGAGCAAGGGUCCUUAGUGCUAUCGUUAUGAUACUAUUAUUCAACUCCAUUUCAAUUUGUAAGACUGAGAUGUAAUGUAAUGAGAUGUCAGGACAUAUCUAAAGUCAAUUCUCAAACCGAGACAGUAAGAUUUUUUAAAAAAUCUCAGUUAGCUGGACUGAAUUAUAUGCAUAAGCAGGUGGUAUCAGGUACUUGGUGCAAUUCAGAAGACUUUUGCAGAAGAAAGAAAAUUGUUAAACAAUAGGCGGUAGAUUAUUGUAGUCACUGGUCUAGUCAGACACUUACAUGUAGUUGCUGUUUUGCUAUUGUGCUCGCAUGUUGCAAACAAUCAGAGAAAGUUGUGUUGCUUUCAGGCUGAGGACCCUUACAUAUGAUGUUCACUGCAAGAACUAUCUUUUAAAAUCAUGCUGUAACCACACAAGACCUUUAUCUCAAGUGGCCUCUUCUAAUUUACUCAAGUCAAUCAGGAGAUACAGACAGCAUGGAGUUAAUUCAUACAAAACAGGAAACAAGAAACACAAAUACAAGAAACAAAUGUUGAGACUACUUUAGUGACUAAAUGAAACGAUACUGUUGGGGAGGUAAAAAUAAAAUAGCAACAGAAUUUAUUGCAAUAAUGACAUGACAUACUAUUCAUUUUAUAAUUUAAAAGAGUAGGAUAUAUAAAUGUGCAAUUAAGAUAAUGCGAAUCUGUCCAGUUGAACUGGUGAGAGAAUCAACAUGUUCACAUUUGUGUAACAGUUCAUCAGUAAUAUAAGCCAAAGCUGUUCUUUUGUGUUGUUUUGUACAGUUGCUACGGUUUCCUAACAGCUCACUCAAACGCACCAUUUCUUCGCCAUAGUUUUAUUUUUUAUUGUGCUUUAUUACAAACAGUGUAAAGUCAUGUAAACCAGAUCAAGAAUCAAUAUCUAAAGCCAUGAACAUUUGCUGUUCUGUUUGUAUAAUUGAAAAUUUGAGCCAAACAUUUUCUUUUGUUGUGUAAAUAGCGACUUUAAUAUAUAUAUAUCACCAGGGUGUGAGUACAUACUGAAUGUACUGUAUGAUCACCGUUUUCAAGAAAAGUAUAUUUUUGUGGAUUACAGCCAAGUUUACAAGAGUAGACCCUUAAAAACUAGAUCAUUCGCUGGUCAAUAUUUGCUGUUGUGUUAAUUUUACUGUAAUCUCUUCUAAAUUGAAUUAUCAGCAUAAUCUCCAGUGUGUUUCAGUUCCAGCUUUUGGUUGGUUUAUUUCUUUUCCUCUCUAUUGGUGGUGACUGUUUGUCCUGAAGACAUUGUGAUAACAAUGCUGUGUGGCUGAAGUUCCACUAUUUUCAUAUUUUUGAAGGAUGAUCACAAGGCUAGGGGAAAUAGGGUUUCUUCCCUCCUAUUGUGUUAACUUGUGUUAGUUGUAUACCAGCAGCUGCGGAAUACACUGCCAACAUUCAAACCCAAGGUCCCAACCCCCGCAUUGAAGAAUAAUCUAUUGUUAUUGCAUGUAGCUCAACUGAAAGACAUGCCAUCUCUCAGGCCAUUUCCACUGUCCUGUUACUGGUUCAUGGAAUUUAAGCAGAAUACAUAAACGUGGUAGAAGUGGCUGCUGACCUUCACACAAAACUGAUCAUGCCUGUGCCCACAUGUGGUUGUAAAUAUCUCAGUCUACUUGAACUGUCAGUCAUAAUUAUGUACAAAAAUACUCAUGUGUUUCCUUAAUUGGCUUCAGAAAUUGUAUCUUAUAUCAAUGCCCUAUAACUAGUAAGAGAACUGUAGGCCUAGGAACCUUAGGAGCCAGAAAAGUGAAAAUCUGAAGGCGCUGAAGUCAUGUACGUGAAAGCUGUUGCAACACAAGGCUGAUGCCUCAGCGAUCGCGUGUUGCAGGGUGGAAAAAGGGGCUGUGACUUGUUUUCUUCUCCAUCAUCACAGAAGCAAAUAAUUCAGCAGCUAAUUCAUAAUAACAACAACAAUGCAAUGUCAUUGACUUCAAUCUCACUGCUGGAUUGCACACAUUUGUAUGAGAAGUUUGCUGUUUGAGAGAGGCAUCGCUCUGCAUUCACCAUGGCAUAUCUUGUGUGUGUUUCUGAGGUUUCUGUUCUCUCCGCUCUCUCCGCCCCAUCAUCAACUCCAUUGUAGUUCUCAGUCUAAGCCCAUAAUGAUCUAUGCAGUUUUAUCCUCAAUUCACAUGACAUAUACAGAAUAUGAUGUCAUUACAGGUCAUAUGUGGUCCACAGCGCAUUAGGAAGGAGAGCAUCAGAUAGACUGUUAGCCUCUUAUCCUGAAGUGCCACAGCUGGAGGUUUGUGGACUUCAAGAUGCAUAUAAUACCUUUUAUUAAAUGAUUGAUUUGGAUCCCCCGGGGCAAUCUCUUCAUGUUCAUAUACAUUAGUAGAUGUUACAUGAUGUAUAGUAAUUCACGAUGUAAUCCAGUGUAAGACAGCAGGUGAAAAUAGCAAUAAUAAAUGGCUACAACAAAAAUUGUCUGCCUGUCUCGGCAGCAUCACCUCGUAGUUGAGCACAUACUUUAGCACUUGAUAACAUAUCAGGGAAUUUUGUAGUUUCUCUAUCUAUAUGCACAGUUAGGAAAUGCCUUAUCCCAAAGAAAAAUUACACCACUUUUUUUUCUCUCAGUUGAAAAAAAAAAAAAAAAAUA